GCCUAUUCUGGGAGUGUCGCCGAUGUCUCAUCCCAAGAUACCGGUUUUAGUCGAGAAAUAACUGAAAAUAAUAUACUGUUCUCAAAUUCAACAGAACUUUCCACUAACUGCAGUGGCAAGAUGAUGCACUUCCUGUUGCUCUUCAGCCGACAGGGGAAGUUGCGGCUGCAGAAGUGGUUCACCCCGCUCCCGGAUCGAGAGAAGAAGAAGGUGAUCAGGGACAUGACCCUGAUGGUGCUGGCCCGCCCACCACGCUCUUGCAACUUCCUGCAAUGGAGGGACCUCAAGAUCGUCUACAAGAGGUAUGCCAGUCUUUAUUUCUGCUGUGGUCUGGAAGACCAGGACAAUGAGCUGCUGACCCUGGAGGUGCUACAUCGAUAUGUGGAGCUUCUGGAUAAAUAUUUUGGCAAUGUGUGUGAGUUGGAUAUCAUAUUUAACUUUGAAAAGGCCUACUUCAUCCUGGAUGAGUUCCUAAUGGAAGGGGAGAUCCUGGAAACCUCCAAAAAAGCUGUAGGGACCUCCAUAGAGGAAGCCGACUCCCAACAGGAGACAAUGGAGGAAUACAUGAGUAAGCCUACAUACUGACAUACAAGAACAUUUAAGACAUAUCGAGAUUAAGAAUUGAGAAUACUUUGUCACAGUUGUUUUUACUAUUUUUUUCUACAAACAUUUGACUUUGAAUUUACAUUUGUAUCUGUUUGAUUAUUUGUAUCAAGCAAGUGUGUGUUACUUUCAGAGAAUUACUGUGCAGGGGGAAAUGUGUCGCGAGAAUUGUAAUAGGAGAUAUAUCACUGUUAUAUUCUUCUGUUGUGUGCGAUACCUGUGAAAAGUUGAUUAUCUUAGUGUCUUUCACGUUUAAUUCGAUUACUGCCUCUGCAUUCACUACAUUUGUCAAAUGUCUCAGGGUUGAUAACUUACCUUUUCAAAUGCUUUCAUUUAAAAGUGUUUUACUUCUUAGUGUCCUCUGAAUACUAUAGGUUUAAUAAAA